AUGUGUCCCCGAGUCUCCUGUAGCUCCCUCCUUGACCUGCUCCUCUUCCUCCUUGACCUGCUCCUCACCCUCUUUGACCUGCUCCUCUCCAUCCUUGACCUGCUCCUCACCCUCUUUGGCCUGCUCCUCUCCCUCUUUGACCUGCUCCUCACCCUCCUUGACCUGCUCCUCACCCUCUUUGACCUGCUCCUCUCCCUCUUUGACCUGCUCCUCACCCUCCUUGACCUGCUCCUCACCCUCUUUGACCUGCUCCUCUCCCUCCUGGGUCUGCACCUUUCCCUCCUUGGCCUACUCCUCUCCCUCCAUAGCCAGCUCCUCUCCCUCUUUGACCUGCUCCUCUCCCUCCAUAGCCUGCUCCUCUCCCUCUUUGACCUGCUCCUCUCCCUCCUCUGA